AAUUUUUCAAGCCGUUUAUGGAUUACAAUUUUAUACAAGUCAGGUUUUGAGGAAACCGUUUUUUAUCAAAAACCUGAGGAAAACGUAGUGUGAACCCAGCCUAAAACGUGUCUCCUUGUAGGACAAGGCCAGAGCAGGGGUCAUUUCCAUUACUGCCCGGCGAUGACCAGGUGAAAGCACUGGAGACUGAAGCUAUUUUUGGAGGAGGCCACCAGGUCAGUGCCCCAGAGGACGCGGCGGGAAUAGUCACGUCCUCCCCUCUAGUGCGCGCCCCCCGCGCGUCAACUUGUUUUGGUUUGCUCCCGGGCGCCGCGGAAGGUGUGCGUGGUGUGUCCGUGACGUCAUAUGGGCAGGCCGCCGCUGAUUGGCUGCCGGCGCCUCACCAGACACGCAUGUUGUUUUCGGUGCAGACAGCUGCAGUCGCCCCCGCCCCCCUCUUCCUUACUCGUCGUUCUCCUCCUUGUGACUCAGUGUGGGAGGGAGGAGGGAGGUGGUGCGGGGCAUAGGAGGACAGCGGCGGCGGUGGAGCUACCUGCAUGGGGGCGGGGGCACAGCUCACACGGGCACCGACACCCGGCCUCCCGGUAUUUAAAGAGGAGUCGGAGGGAGAGGACGCAGGAAACGACGAGGAGGAAAGUUUUAGCUUCACCUGACUGUGUACUCUGCUAUAGAGGUAACUAUUACUAAACAAAUGCCCAGACUCGAGGAACACUGCUGGAGUUGCUCUUGCGCCAGAAGUAUAGACAAGGAUAGCAAGAAGUUGAGCACCUGGCUAACACGGAGAGCCGGAGAAGCCAUGUCCUCACUCAACUCCCUCAUCGGCCUGGUCUACAGCACCUUAGCCAGCAACCAAGGCCGCAGCCUCAUCCGGAGAAGCUUGGUCCUAUUUGCUGUUGGUGCUUUUCUUGCCUUGGUGCUUAAUCUUCUCCAGAUCCAGAGGAAUGUGACGUUGUUCCCUGAAGAAGUCAUUGCUACAGUCUUCUCCUCAGCCUGGUGGGUCCCACCAUGUUGUGGUACAGCAGCCGCUGUCGUCGGCCUUCUCUACCCCUGCAUUGACAGCCAUCUUGGAGAACCUCACAAGUUCAAGAGAGAAUGGGCCAGCGUCAUGAGAUGCAUAGCAGUUUUUGUCGGCAUCAACCAUGCCAGUGCUAAACUGGAUUUUGCGAAUAAUGUUCAGCUAUCUCUGACCCUAGCCGCGUUGUCUUUGGGCCUGUGGUGGACCUUUGACCGUUCCCGCAGCGGCCUGGGGCUUGGAAUCACCAUAGCCUUUCUUGCAACGCUCAUCACACAGUUCCUUGUCUACAAUGGAGUGUACCAGUAUACUUCCCCAGACUUCCUGUAUAUUCGUUCCUGGCUGCCUUGCAUAUUCUUUUCUGGUGGAGUGACUGUUGGAAAUAUAGGGAGGCAGCUAGCAAUGGGGCCGACUGAGAAAGUGCACACAGACUAGACGCCCCCCAACAUGCCCUACCUACAUGUACUAAGAAAAGACUGACUGUCAUUUCAGGAAAAGUUUGCACUAUGUUACUGAGUAACAACAAGCAAACUCUUCAUCUGCAGACACAUUAAAAUGUGAAGGCCGUCGCUUCAUUACUUGGUUAGUACAUUAUACCGUGUGCAGAAACGUGUUCUAGCCCUAUGGAUUAUUACCGCAUCAGACAAUAUAUAUAUAUUUUUUUUGCGGAACUGAGAUAAGAGGAGAAAUAAUCACCCGGUAUCGCGUCUGUUCUUCCGUGAUCUGUCUCUAUAUUGGUAGGAUGUCUGAUGUUCUCUGCAUGGUGUAAUAGGCUGGAUCCCAGCUUCAAGUAUACCAGUAUUAGUGUCAAGAGAAGACGAAGAGGACCUGUCUGUUAUGCCGUUUUGCCAAGACUUCUGGAAGUCAUGAUGGGUGCAAGGAAAAAAAUGAAAAGAAGAUUGUGAAUAGGAGUGUUUUAUUUAUCUACAAUGGAAAAUAAGGCUGUGGACAAAAAAAAAUUAAAAAAAAUUUAGUAUUAGGAAGGAUGAACAUUGGGUUAUGGCCGGUCUGGGGAGUAAUAUGUUAGCUUUACUUCUCAAGGCUCUAUGGCAGUGUUUCCCAACCAGUGUGCCUCCAGC